AUGGCUAACUGUGCAAUGUCCCCGCAGAACCUUAUCAACAGGAUGUGGCUGGGCGUGCCCUCUCAGGACAAAAUGGAGAUCCGGAGCUGCCUGCCCAAGCUGCUGCUGUCAGAGCACAAAGCCCUACCCUACUUCAUCCGCAACAAGUUGUGCAAGGUCAUCGUGGACAUCGGCAGGCAGGACUGGCCCAUGUUCUAUCACGACUUCUUCACAAACACCCUGCAGCUGAUCCAGUCGCCCGCGAUGGCCCCCCUUGGUCUGAUCCUGCUGAAGACGACGUCGGAAGAGCUGGCCUGCCCGCGGGAGGACCUGAGUGUGGCGCGCAAGGAGGAGCUGCGCAAACUGCUGCUGGAGCAGGUGCCCACCGUGCUGAGCCUGCUCACCGGUAUUCUGGAAACAAUCUGGGAUAAACACAGUGUUACUGCUGCCACCCCACCUCCCUCACCCACGUCAGGCGAAAGCGGGGACCUGCUGAGCAGUCUGCUGCAGGGCCCGUACUACUCCAAGCUGCUGUCCCAGCCCAUCCCGGCGCUGGAUGAGGAGAGCCAUCAGCUCUGCACCCUGGCCCUGGAGUGCCUGGCUCACCUCUUCAGCUGGAUCCCGCUCUCCACCAGCAUCACGCCUUCCCUCCUGGCCGCCAUCUUCCACUUCGCCCGCUUCGGCUGCGACUCGCGAGGGAGCGGCAAGGGCAAGCUGGGCCACUCCACCCCCGUCCCCACCUCGGGCUCCGGCCCCCUGAACGGCAGCACGCAGGUCCCGGCGGGGGGGGCGGACGGGGCCCGGCUGGGCGUGCUGGCCAUGACGUGCGUCAACGAGCUCAUGUCCAAGAACUGCGUGCCCCUGGACUUCGAGGAGUACCUCCUGCGCAUGUUCCAGCAGACCUUCUUCCUGCUGCAGAAGCUGACGCGGGAGAACAACGCCCACUCCAUCAAGAGCCGGCUGGAGGAGCUCGAUGAGAGCUACAUUGAGAAGUUCACGGACUUCCUGCGCCUGUUUGUCAGCGUUCACCUGAGACGGAUUGAGUCCAAUGCUCAGUUCCCUGUUGUGGAGUUUCUAGAGCUUCUCUUCAAGUACACUUUCCACCAGCCCACACAUGAAGGCUACUUCUCCUGCCUUGAUAUCUGGACCAUCUUCUUGGACUAUCUGACCACAAAGAUCAAGAGCCGGUUAGCUGAUCGCGAUAGUGUUUUGAACAGGUACAAGGACGCCCUGGUGCUGCUGUUGCAGGAAGUGCUGAACCGAAUCCAGUUCCGCUAUAACCAGGCCCAGCUGGAAGAGCUGGAUGACGAGACUCUGGAUGAUGAUCAACAGACAGAGUGGCAGCGCUACCUGAGGCAGAGUCUGGAGGUGGUGGCAAAAGUGAUGGAGCUCCUGCCCUCCCAUGCCUUCUCCACACUGUUCCCAGUGUUGCAGGAAAAUCUGGACGUUUACCUGGGCCUGCAGCAGUUCAUCGUCACUACUGGGACAACUCGGAGGCUGAAUAUCACAGCGGAGAAUGACUGCCGGCGGCUCCACUGUGCUCUGAGGGACCUCAGCUCCCUGCUGCAGGCUGUGGGGCGGCUGGCCGAGUACUUCAUCGGGGAUGUCUUUGCUGCCCGCUUCAACGACGCGCUCACUGUGGUGGAGAGGCUGGCGGACGUGACCUGUUACGGCUCCCAAAUCAACCUCUACGACCUGGAGACGGCAGUCCCGUCGGUGCUGAAGCCGGACCUCAUCGACGUGCACGCGCAAUCCCUGGCGGCCCUGCAGGCCUACUCUCACUGGCUGGCUCAGUUCUACAGCGAGGUGCAGCGGCAGAACCAGGCCCGCUUCGUCACGCUCAUCACCUCCGCCAUGGACGCCACGGCUCCCCUUAUCAGCGCCAAGGUACCGGAGAAGCUGCUGCUGUCGGCCUGCCACUUGAUGGUGUCGAUAGCCACCACGGUGCGGCCUGUGUUCCUGGUGACCGUGCCGGCCGUGCAGAAGGUCUUCAAUCUGGUCACGGACAGCUCUGCGCGAGGGCUCCCCCCGGAGGCUCAGGUGUUGGUGUGCAGAGCCCUCUCCAACAUGCUGCUGUUGCCCUGGCCCAACCUCCCCGAGAGCGAGCAGCAGUGGCACACACGGUCCACCAACCAUGCCAACCUCCUGGCCGCCCUCACCCGCCACUACCGCCAGCUGAGGGGCACCGCCAACCUGCAGCAGAGGCGUCUGGGCCUGGAGGACUUGAAAGCGGUCCUGCAACAAACACUGCGAGUCCUGAGGGACGUAGUGGACAGCAUCUCGGGGGAGUCCACCAAGUCCCGGCAGGUCUGCUACCAGUCGCUACAGGAGUCCGUGCAGGUUUCCCUCGCGCUCUUCCCCGUCUUCAUCCACCAGCCAGAUGUCACAGACGAGAUGCUGAGUUUCUUCCUCACUCUGUUCCAAGGCUUGAGGGUACAAAUGGGAGUUCCCUUCACGGAACAAAUCAUCCAGACCUUCUUAAACAUGUUUACCAGGGAGCAGCUGGCGGAGAGUAUCCUCCAGGAGGGCAGUGCCGGCUGCAGGGUGGUGGAGAAGUUCCUGAAAAUCCUGCAGGUGGUGGUGCAGGAGCCCGGCCAGGCCUUCAAGCCCUUCCUGCCCAGCAUCAUCUCACUCUGUAUGGAGCAGGUCUACCCCAUCGUGGCCGAGCGUUCCUCUCCAGACGUGAAGGCAGAGCUGUUCGAGCUUCUCUACCAGGUGUUGCACCACAACUGGAGGUACUUCUUCAAGUCGUCUGUGCUGGCCAGUGUUCAGAGGGGUGCGUCUGAGGAGCCCAUGGAGAACGAGGCCCAGUUCAUCGCUGUCAUGCAGGCUUUCGGCCAGUCAUUCCUGCAGCCUGACAUUCACAUCUUCAAGCAGAACCUCUUGUACCUGGAAGCCCUCAACAGCAAGCACAAGCUAUAUCACAAGAAGCUGUUCCGCACCUCCAUGCUGUUCCACUUCAUCAACGUGCUGCUCCAGGUGCUGCUGCACAAGAGCCACGACCUGCUGCAGGACGAGAUCGCGCUGGCCGUCUACAACAUGGCCUCCGUCGACUUCGACGGCUUCUACUCCGCCUUCCUCCCCGAGUUCCUCCACAGCUGCCAGGGCGUGGACGCCAACCAGCGCGCCGUGCUGGGCCGCAAUUUCAAGAUGGAGCGGGACCUGCCCUCCUUCACGCAGAGCGUGCACAGACUGGUGAACGACCUGCGCUAUUACAGGCUGUGCAACGGGAGCCUGCCUCCGGGGACAGUGAAGCUAUAGCAACCCGCCCCUGCCCUGCCCUGGCCCGGGCCACCGCCGGGACACUGUCCGGCCGCCAACCUCCCCAGCUGCUCCCACGCUGCCCCUCUCCUGGCCUGCACGGACGGGCGGCCUGCGUUUCGGCACCCAGGGACUGGCUACUUCACAUUGUGGGGUGGGGGUGCACCAGAGAGGGGACAGGGGGGCCAGGCUGGGUCUCUAGCACCUUGAUGUCUACAACUUUCUGUGGAUUUAUCCCGUUUCAGCUUUAGGGCUUUUGGGGGUGGGGGGGGGGAUGGGGGCGUGAUUAAUUAUUGACCUUCAUGAACGUCGAUGCCAACAAUCAAGAGAGGCCAACAGGAAGCCAGUGGAGUCAGGCCUGUGUCAUUCCACUGCUUCGGAGGGAGGGCAGUCUGUUUCAGCACUUUUCUGACUUCUUAGAGGUUGUUUUAAAUUUCUUUUUUUUUUUUUUUAACGUUGCCUUCAGUUUCUUCAUCUCCAAAGGAGACUUGCAGAAGACUCGGUCGAAUCUGCGCUUUGUUUUAAGUUCUGAUCAUUCCAUUCUCAUUCUGAAGAACUGUGCUUAAUUGUGCUCGGUAUACAAACUCAUUUUUGUAAAAUAAAUCCAAAUAGGUUGUCUUUUUAUUUUGUCAUUUUUUUUUAUUUUGCAUUUCAGUCGUCGUUAAUAUUUUUAUUAUGAUUGUCAAUUUGGACUGUGGCUGUUUUAAAUAGAAUGUGUUCCCCUUUUAACCCGCUACGGUUUGUACAGUUCACUUUAUUAAAAGUUGAGGACGUUUUGUUUAAA